GCUGCUUGUGCUCUGUUACGGGGUCACAAUGGCAGUGGGGUUAUAUAGAGAGGAAAAGGAAGACUGGAGAGGAGACAGGGAUGAGACACGGAUAGAUAGGGAAGAAGAGUGGUUGUUGUUGCAAGAUUCAAAGCGUGUGGUGAAAACUGAUGCUGGAGAAAUGAUGGUGCUCAGGAAUUAUGGUGGAAGGAUUAUAGAUAGGCCUAUGCAUAUCGGGUUCAUUACGAUGGAGCCUCGAACUCUUUUUGUUCCUCAGUAUAUCGACUCCAGCUUGAUCCUCUUCAUUCGAACAGGGGAAGCCAAGGUUGGAUUGAUCUACAAAGAUGAGUUAGCAGAAAGACGAUUAAAGAUCGGGGAUAUCUAUCGAAUUCCUGCUGGCUCAGCAUUCUACUUGAUGAAUGCAGAGGAGGGGCAGAGACUUCACAUCAUUUGCAGCAUCGACCCAUCUGAGAGUUUGGGAUUGGGUUUUUUCCAGUCCUUCUACAUUGGUGGGGGAACCUAUCCACCAUCCAUUCUUGCUGGUUUUGAGCUAGAAACCCUUUCAGCUGCCUUCAAUGUGACAGCAGAUGAAGUAAGGGAAAUCAUGACCAGGCAACAAGAGGGUCCGAUAGUUUUCAUAGGUGAUUCUAGGGCACCAAGGCCAAGCUUAUGGACAAAAUUCCUUCAACUGAAGGAGCAAGAUAGACUACAACACCUAAAAAGAAUGGUGAAAUUCCAACAACAACCCAGUCAAGGAGAGGAGCAAAGGACAUGGUCAUGGAGGAAACUCUUGAAUUCAAUAUUUGGACAGGAAAAUAAGAAAAAAGGUGAAAAAGUUGGCAAAUCCCCUGAUUCAUACAAUAUCUAUGAUAGACGGCCUGACUUUAGAAACAACUAUGGAUGGAGCAUUGCCCUUGACGAGUCUGAUUAUCAGCCUUUGAAAUACUCUGGUAUCGGUGUCUAUCUGGUCAACCUUACUGCGGGAUCAAUGUUGGCACCUCAUGUGAACCCAACAGCAACAGAGUACGGAAUUGUUUUGAGAGGGAGCGGCAGAAUACAGAUUGUGUUUCCAAAUGGAACACAAGCGAUGGAUGCUACAGUAAAAGAAGGCGAUGUUUUCUGGGUUCCAAGAUACUUCCCCUUCUGUCAAAUUGCAGCUCGGUCAGGUCCUUUCGAGUUCUUUGGAUUCACGACUUCAGCUCACGAGAACAGGCCACAGUUCCUGGUUGGGGCAAACUCAAUUCUUCAAACCUUCAGAAGCCCUGAGCUUGCGGCUGCUUUUGGUGUGAGUGAGGAUAGGAUUAAUCGUGUCAUCAAGGCACAGCGCGAGGCUGUUAUAUUGCCUUCAGCAAGUGCAGCGCCACCAGAUGAGGAGGAGGGGGUGGCCAAGUUCAAGAGGGUGCAGAAGGUGAUCAAGAGCUUUGGCAACGAAGUGAUUAUGGGUUUCGAUUAGAAAAAAAGUGAAGUGCAGGAUAAAGUUCGAGAGGGUGCAGAAGGUGAUCAAGAAUAUCUUUUGGGUAGCUUAUAUUUUCGCUUUUCUUAGCUCUUUCUG